UCAGCCAAUAACUGGAGAGUUUGUGAAGCAGCUCUAUGUCCUUCAAAAAAACGAGAUUGUGAAACCAGUUCGAUUCCUGACACAGAAACACAUAGAGCCAACUAAUUUUGAGAAGAUGCAUGUGGGCAGAGCAGUGCAGCUGUUUUCCGAUGAAGUUAUCUCGGCGCUUUCCUUUUUGAAAGAAUACCCCAGUUACCACCCUCAGGCAGAACAGUUCAGGAACGCAGACGCAACAAUAUUGUUUAUGAAGAUGAUGCAGAAGUGGUUUUCCAUCCACAAUGUGGCCAACCGAACAGCACAUGUGCAUAUGAGAAAGCCUGACCAAAUGCACUUUUUUUGCGCUACCGACGAACGCCUACAAUGGCUUGAGAAGGAGUUCCCAGACUACCUCGAAACUCUCUACAAUGCCUGUAAAAGGAGCGGGAAAAAGUUUCUUAGUGCUGAAACCUACGAAGCUAUCUUGCUGACAAGCAAAUCUACGGUACUAUGCAUUAAGUACCUUCUCGAGAGCGGCUUCUUUUAUGUUUUAACAAGGAACUUCUCGAGCGACCCCGUCGAGCUCCUCUUCAGUUCUUUGCGGCAAAUGGCUGGCGGCAACGACUGCCUCGAUGCAAGAGCCGUGACAUUUAGCCUGGAGAGGAUCUUGCGGACUGGCAGCCUGUGCCCAUCCCAAGCUUCAAACGUUGAAAACGGACAGACUGUUUUGAGUAUGCAUGGUGCCUCCCUGAAUGUGACGUCCUCCGAAUUUGAUGUUCCGGCUGAAGCAAAAGCACAGGCAACCACGCAUGAUUCGACCGAGACAGCGCAAGUUGCCCCAGCCAGGUUCACGGGCACUGAAGAUUUUGUGAUGCACAUUGACGAGCUCUUCACAUCCCUGAAAGCGAUGCCUCUGCAGCGGCCCCCAUCAACCAUAGCAAAUGCCAGCAUCGCUUAUAUAGCAGGGUUCGUGGCGAGAGCAGUUGAGGAGCGGAGAACAUGCAGCUUCUGCCCUCCCCUCCACCAGUCGGAUGGACCCAGCCCCGUGCUGAUGGGGCUUAUUGACCUGCAAUCAAGGGGUGGGCUAACAUUCCCAAGGUCAGAAUUUGUCACGGUCCUUGUGACCGUUAAGAAGGCUGUUGACAUUGCCCUGCCGCACAUAAAAAAGAGCAACGUGCGUCAGCAGCUGGCUGAACUGUUAUUGCCUCGACUAGAGCAGUGCCCCCUUUUCGUUUGCCCAGCAAGGGAGGACCACGCCGCAAGCACACUAUCUGUAGUGUUUGAUAAGUUCAUGAGGCCACUCCUCGCCAACGUCGGCGCUACUGUGACAGACAGGGCUGCUUACCGCAAGAAGCUGGCCUGCAAGCCACUGCACAGGAAAGUGCUCCGUGUUUAAAAUAAACACAAUGUAAAAACGGAUGCCGAACAAUAUGGCUCCGAUUUUGCCUUUGUAAAUAAAAUGUCAUUUA